AAUAAAUGCUCUCUUCCGCAACUUGACGCAUGCUGAUCAAGAGGUCUGGAUGGAUAACAUAACUGCGUUAUUGGAAUCCAUGAUAUACGAACCAUUGUGCUUUGUCGCAUGGUGCAUUGUCGCAGGCCGACUAUGAUGCCGCCUAAAAUAACGUGGAAAUACUCUAUCGCCACACAAUCCGAGCGAUGUAUGAAGCGCAGGCGCAGAGGCACUCUAUGCCGGUCAUUGUCACAAAGAACAAUCCAAACUACAUCAAGCUGUCAUCGUAUACGACCAAGGUCUCCGAUAUUGUGCUUCUAGUCGUGACGACUUCGUCAAUGGCGAAAACAGCAGCAGCGAUAAUGAAGGAGGAA